AUGAUGUCAAAGACCACCUUGCUCGCAGCCAAAGCUCCCUCUAAUCCACCAUCACCUCAGAACAAGCCGAUUAUCUCAAUGCAUCAUGGAGAGACAGAAUGGACAGCUGUUUAUCCCAUUAUUGAGAGAUUGUAUAUGAAAGAUCGGAGAAAACUUCGACACAUCAUGCAGAUCAUGGAGGAGAAAUAUAAUUUCAAGGCAUCUGUUCAGAUGUAUAAGAGACGCUUCACAAAAUGGGGGUUUUAUAAAUCAAAACAAAGAAAUGGGAAGACUGCUUGGAAGAAAACGGCCCCAACUCCAAAAAACACACCAGAGACUCAAAAGCGGCCUCACAGCCAGCCGCUUAUUCUCUCUCCGAGUCCAAAUUCUUUGGAGACGAGUAGUCUUGAAUUUCUUACAAGCAUACAUGACUGGAGCACUUCAUUCUAUGAAUCUCUCCGUACCAAGGGAUUACACCUACAAGGUACUCAUCCUUCGCAACCGGCUGGUAAAAUCAACCGCUACGACCCAGAAGGAUUAAGUUUCGCCUUUCGGACCAUCGUUGAGCUCAUACAACGCGGCAAAGGCAUUUUAGCAGGGCGUUUAACCCGCAAAGCCUUUCUAGAUAUCGAAAAUAUGCUGCACGCUGAAGCGCCUUUGUUCAUCUGGAAUGUCUUGGAAAUCAUGUAUCACAUGGUCCGUCUUGGUCAGACACAGCUUCUUGGUAUGCUCCUAGCGCAGUUAGUCGAACUAGCGAGUAAUAUCCAUGAGAUGAAACAUCCCGUUAUCAAGAUGUUGAAAAGUUUGCAGAAAGCGGUGUAUCUUUGGGAGAAGCAUGCUACACUUGAGAAAAUGCGACUUCUUGAACAGGCUUGGGGUCUGAAUGCGGAUAUCAUAUGCAGGAACUACGACUCAAGGCUGUUGGUGGUGUACUAUCGCCUAGUCUGGGAAUCUUCUUGUAUUAAACUUGGCGAGGAUCAACUGGACGGUCUUGAUAAGUGGUUCUCAGCCGUGAAGAGCAAGAUUCCGCACGAGGACUCUUAUUUUCAACAAGCUAUUCUAUUCGCCGAUCCUAGCACGACGGAGGAAACAGCACCGCCGAAAGACUACGAGAUUACAAAAGCGCUUUGCGUCUCAGCAAUACAGCAUCGCUGCACAAUGACCUUUGGAGAGUCAAACAUGGCAAGUCUUGUGCGCUUGGGCUUACUGAAGAGCCGUAUUCUUGGCGAGAUUGACGAACAGUCAGGCGAUAAGAUGCCACAGUCCCACACGCGAUUCCAAGCAAGGGUUAUGGCCUAUUUGAUGAAGGUACUUAUGGACGUUGAUAGGGAACUCGGGUUGGAUGUCGAUGUGGCGGACAGAAUGAAAAACAAGAUCGCUUUGCGAGAGUUUGGCUACUCGAGUACCUCGCCGCAGGUUAUACAUGAUAUGUGGCAGCUAGAAGCCUUUUUGCGAAAAGAGGGAUAUGUAGCUGAAGCAGCAAAGAUAAGGAGGGAGACGUAUAAGAGGCUGGAAGAGUAUGUAGACCAGGUCCCCGUCGACGAGGUCUAG